CUCGCCAAGGGCAAAGCCAACCUCUUUCUCGACGGCAAUCCCAUCGUCUACGGCGGAGCCGUCGACGCCAUCGCCAACGGCAAAAGCGACGCGCCCCCGCGAACGGGCGAUCCCAUCAUCGUCGCCGACCACGAGGGUAAGGCGUUGGCGUGGGGGGUGUACAACGACACGAGCCAGUACGUCGUCAGGAUCCUGCGCAUGGCGUGGGAGUGCGAGCUGGCGCCCCACCCGGGCGGCGUUAGUUCGAGCGCAUCAAAUGUCGCCGUCAAAUGCGACGUCGAGGAGGUGAUUCGCGAUAAGAUUAACGUCGCGGCGCGCAUGCGUUCGGACUGCGGCGUCGCCGUCGGGAACGCGAACGGCCCGACGACGGUGUACAGGCUGGUCAACUCGGAGGGCGACGGUCUGAGCGGCGUGUGCGUCGACGUGUACGACUGCGGCGGCGGGGAAGGCGGCGGGAAGGUUGCCGUCGCGGCGGUGUCUGCGGCUUGGGCGCACAUGCGACGCGACGCCGUGGUCAAGGCGCUGGGCGAGUGCGCCGGGAUCGACCGCGUGUUGUGGAGGACGGACGCGCGCAUGCUCAAGCUGGAGGGAAUCUUCGAUGAAUCGCGAUCCGAGGAGACGGACGACGGGCCAAUUGGAUCCGGCCAAUCGGAUGCCGCCAGGUGUUACGACGCCAAGACCGGCGCGGAGACCUCGCCGCCCGCCGGUUGGGUCACUGUCGCGGAGAACGGCGUGCGGUACGAGGUCGACCUGACGAAGGGACACAAAACGGGCUUUUACGUCGACCAGCGCGAUAAUCGCGCCGAGGUGAGAGCCUUGGGCGCGGGAAAGAAAAGGGUCCUCGACGUCUGCUGCUACACCGGAGGGUUCGCGAUCAACGCCGCGCUGGGCGGCGCCGCAGACGUGACCGGCGUGGACUCCUCGCCGCUCGCGCUGGACAUCGCGCGGAGGAACGCGGAUGUCAACGGCGUCGGGGCGCGGACCACGUUUGUCCAGUCGGAGGCUUUCAAGUACCUCGAUGACUUGGUCGCCGACUCGGGCAACCUCGGGACGUUCGACAUGAUCGUGCUGGACCCGCCGAAGCUGGCACCGAGCGUGAACGCGCUGGCAGGGGCGACGCGCAAGUACGUCAAGAUGAAUCAGGCGGCGAUGCGUCUGUUGAGACCCGGCGGGAUUCUGGUCACGUGCUCGUGCAGCGGAGCGGUGACGCAGCGGGAGUUGCUGCCGGCCAUCGUGACCGCCGCGGCCACCGCGGCGGGUCGCAGGGUGACGAUGCUGGGCAAGCCGAGGGGCGCGGGGGCGGACCAGCCGCUGGACCCGGCGUACCCGGAGGGGAGCUACCUCACCGUCGUCGUCUGUCGCGUG